UAAUCUGUUUUAAAUAACAUCCGGAACACCGAUUAACAAUGAUAAUUCUUGUAAUUACAGUGAACCCGGUGUAUUUUGGUAAGUAUAAUGUGACACGCAUUUCUGUUCAGUGCUUCAUGACAGUUUUUAUGUCAAAUACUGAAGGUAUAUCUACGGUUCAAGCUUAAUAAAUAAUUAUUACAAGCCCCAUUUUCGACCUUCCCAGACGUGCAAUACAUUCUACUACUGUUAUUUGUGCUUAAAUGCGUAUCUUUUUUAAAAUUUUGUAAUUGAAGUAUAUUGACAAUUUAAUUUCGGAAUUUGAUUUCAAAUUAUAAACAUUUAUAUAGAUGCAAUCUGUGCUUGAUGUGUAAAAGUUACUAUCAGGCCCGUGGCCAGGAAUAAAUUACAUGGGGAGAGGAGGAGUCCCGUCAGGCCGCAUCUGACCUUGACUGCCUGCCUAGCUGUUAUAUAAAAUCGGGCUAUAUAAAAGACUGAGAUAACGCAGACGUACUGAAGGCCCGUUGGUUGCAUAGCAGCUACCGCCCCCCAGUGGCAACACACGCGAAAUGCAUAUAUUAUUACAAGUAUUGCCGUCAUGUGACCGGUUUCAACUGGAGUAGCCGAAAUGUCAACAAUGAAAGUGCCGCAGCGUAGAUCUAAAAGGCAUCUGAAAGGAUAAAUCACAGGUUUUACUCAGUGUUAAGCGUGUCGUGUAAAUUUCCUCAUCAUGAUUUACGUAUACGUUGCUCCAGCUUAUUUCAUGACUACUAAAACGUGAGUGCUGAAUUUAAAUCGUUGAUAUUUGGACUAUGAUAUUUAGAGAGAAAAAGGCUUGUCGAAGAUAUAUUUGACUUGCAUCUUUCUGAAAACCGAAGAAGGUUUCUGCUCUUAACAGUACCACAGUGCAUUGAGGAGCUACUCUUGCUUCCCGGCCGGCAUGAACAGCUUCAAACCGGUUUCCACCAAACCAAAAAAGUAAUGCUUAGCAAUUAUUCCACUGAUUACCAAACAGGCACAUGAUUAAAAUGUAUUAUUUACGUUCAUUACGGUUUACUAUUGCUAAGGAUGGUCAUAGGAACAAGAGCACUAUCAUUAUUAUUAUUAUAAUUAUUAUUUCAUUAUUUUAUUUAUUUAUUUAGAUUAUUAUUAUUAUACAGUCAUGUGAAAAAAUAAAAAAAAAUCACAGAGUCCUUAGCAGGUCUUAAAAUCAGGUAAAUACAACCUAAGAUGAACAACAACACAUGAAAAAUUACACCGUGUCAUUAUUUAUUCAACAUAAACUAAGCCAAAAUACAGACCCAGUGUGUGAGAAAUUAAGUACACCCACUACUUCUUCCAUGGGAAUGGAGAGGGUAAGUGGCAGUCAUGUGCUGCUAAUCAAAUUAAUGAAAUCACUCGAUUAAUUGUUCCUCAGCAAGCGUGACCGCCUCUAUAAAAGCAGAAGUUUGCUGGUCUAGAGCAUUCGGGUGUGUGUUAAGUGAACGUUUGUCAUUGUUGACACACCACAGUGCACAACAACAGCAACAACGUGUGUCCUUUGCGUCUAACCUAUUUGUGACAUAGCAGGGGGCAGCUAAUUCAGCGCCCAGGGAGCAGUGUUUUGCUCAGGGUACCUCGCUGAGCCGGGACUUGAACCAGCAAUCUUUCAAUUAUUUAGAAUGUAAUGAUUAAUUGUCACUGUUGACACACCACAGCAUACAACAACAAAACGUGUCCUCUGCAUUUAACCCAUAUGUGACAGUGUGACAUGGGGGCAGUUAAUUCAGCGCCCAGGGAACAAUGCUUGGGGCGGAACCUUGCCCAGGGUUCCUCAGUGGUGCCUUGCUGGUCAGGGAUUCAAACCUGCAAUCCUUCAAUUACGAGUGUGCUUCCCUAAUCAUUAGGACACCACUGCCCACAAUGUCAAGGAGGAAAGACAUCAGCAAAGAUCUUAGAAAAGUACAGUAAUUGUUGCUACUCAAUCUGGGAAGGGUUAGAUUUAAAUAAUUUUAAAACCAGGUAAAGACCAGAUGAUUUUUUUCAUGCCCUGAUACAUAAAACCAUAGAACUGAAAAGGGGUUUGCUUUCUUCUUCACAUGACUGUACUUUCUGCCAUGGGAGACUAUGCGAGCCUAUAGAACUGAUUGGAAGAUUUUUAUAAAAUUUGGCACAUUGAUGGAUGACGUAUAUUACGUAUUCAUUCCCCAAUACGUAUUCAUUCCCCAAAUUUGGGGUCAAACCAUUGAUUCCUGUAGCACCAGCAUCAGGCCAAAUUUCAAGGUACAUUUUGGCUUAUAACUAUUGAAUCAUUUGUCUUAGGUUAAUGGUCUUUAUUUUCCCUGAAUCUUUCCAAAUUGGAAUGCACUCAUUGUUAAUGUCCACCAUAUUUUCCGCCAUUUUGAAUUUUUCAGAAAACCUACUUUAGCCUGCUCAUCCUAGGGUGUUGAUCCUCUCGCCACCAAUUUUGGACACAUCAUCUGUAGAGUUUUGGAACCAAAAGUGUUGCAAACCAUUAUGCUAAGUCAAACGAUAUGGCUACAGUCGUCCAAUGAAUUUAAUGGCAAAGCCAUCAAACAGGAUGUGAGGUCACGUCUCAGCAAUAUUUUGACGUCAAAACCAACCUUGGUAGCUGUACUUGAGACCCCACAACAAAAAUGGUCAUUUGACCAAUAGGGGGGUGGUGCAAUAAGCCAAAAAUUCAUUUUGGCUUGUAGUUGUUGAUGGUUUUGCCAUAGUAAAAUAAUUUGUGCGUAUCCUAACUUGGUGGGAGGUUCCAAGGCUGAAUCUUGUCAAAGUUUCAAGACUACCUAAUAUUACUGACGGCCAUAUUGGAUUUUAUUAAAAGGUGUAAAAAUUUUCACAAGCCACAAAUUUUGUCCAAUCUUCACCAAAUUUAGCACAGAUAAUCUUCGGACCAAGGCUCACUGUAGUUUUUAGAGGGAUGAAGCCGCCAAUCUGGACGGGUGACCAUGUCUCUGCAUUGCUUUAAUGUUUGAGUUUGCCCUUGGGAAUCAGAGUCAGAGUCUGGGCAUGUGCACCAAAUUUGGACCUUUCAGGCCGUACAUGGUCUUGCUCCCCUCUGUAUUAUACAGCUCCUCCUCUCUUGUACACCUGCCCAUGCUCUCAGGUCUGCAGGUACUAGUGUCCUAGUGGUGCCUUGUCUUCUAUGGGUGGCAAGGUAGUGUGCUUGGCCACAUUAUUGCUGUUUACAGCUAUAUUUUUAUCGUUAUUAUUAUCUCAAGAGGUUAACUGUUCCUAGUAUUUUGUCUUUUCUUUUGCAGGACGUCCUGUUGAGACAGCCAAGCUUAAACAUGAGCUCAGAUAUCUCAAAGAAAACUCUGGAUGGUGGUUGGGGAUGGGUCAUUGUUAUGGCGUCCUUUAUGGGCCAGCUCUUGGCAUAUGGGUCUCCCCUAUCUGUUGGCGUACUGUACCCAGAAUGGCUUAGAGCUUUCAAAGAAGGAAAAGGCCUGACUGCCUGGGUUGGGUCUCUUGUGUCUGGUGUUGGACUGAUUGCAAGUCCCAUCUGCAGUGCCUGUGUGAUGAACUUCGGUGCUAGACCUGUCACAAUCUUCAGUGGCGUUAUGGUUGCUGGGGGCUUCAUGCUCAGUGCUUUUGCACCCAAUGUGCAAUUCCUUAUCUUUUCGUAUGGAAUUGUUGUCGGGCUAGGCUGUGGACUAGUUUAUGCUGCUACAGUGACUAUUACUUGUCAGUAUUUUGACAAGAGACGUGGCCUUGCACUGGGAAUCGUAACGACAGGUACGAGUGUGGGAGGCUUUUUGUAUGCCACUGCUCAGAAUGAACUCAUUGAAAUGUAUGGACUUGAUGGGUGUUUACUGAUCAUUGGAGCACUGUCCUUGAACCUCAUAGCCUGCGCUGGACCAAUGAGGCCCUUGCAUUUGCCAGGCUUCUACCUCAAGCAGAAGGCAGCAUUAGAGCAGACUGACGAGCAGCCAUUCUCACAGUCUGAGAAGCCACUGGUCACUGAAAACCCAGUUAAGACUACGAUAGCCACUGAAAAGGGCUCGAUUGUCAAGGACCUACUGAUCACUGUUGACACCAAAGACUCAUUGACUUACAACCGCAGCUUCUUUGGUAGAGCUGCACUGGUACAGAGUAUUAAGAACAAACAACAAGCCUACACCACGUACAUGUGCACCACCAGCCAGUUCCUGAAAGAUCGAAUCUUCUUGUCACUCUGCAUCACCCUCUUUCUCUACAGCCUGGGGGCCUUCCCUCCUGUGCUCUUCAUGGAGGAUUUGGCACAAAGCGAGGGCUUCAUAGUUGACAUCAGAAUCAUACCCCUGGUUUCCAUUGUAGCUAUUACUACUGGUAUGGGCAAGCUAGUGCUGGGAAUGAUGGCCGAUCUCAAGGGGUAGUAGGGUUCUUCUCCGGGAACUGGUCUAUAACACCCUAUAUCACCACCAAGAUUGUUGGAAUUGAAAAACUGACCCAAGCCUAUGGAAUUCUAAUGUUUUUUGGAGGAUUUGGUAUUAUGCUUGGACCUCCG